CAGUUCUGUCUCUAUCUAAUGUAUCCACAUUUAUUAAAAGAAAACUUGAAAUGCCUAAGGCCGUUGACUGAUUGCACCCAGAAAAUAAAGAAAAAUAAAUUCCAUCACCAAUCCAAUUAUAGAGAAUUUAAUCUUGAUGGAUCCUGUUAAAUUUUUCAUUAUCCUACCCUUCUUGAUUUGCCUUACCAUAAUUCCUUCACAAUCACAGCCCAAUUAUCUGUACAAUAUUUGCUCAAACACAACAAUUUUCACCAGAAACAGCACCUACCAGAACAAUCUUGAUCAAGUCCUAUCUUCAAUUUCCACCAACGCAAUCGACCGUCCGAAUGGAUUUUACGACACCUCCGAGGGCGACGAUGAUAAUCGUGUCUCGGGACUUUUUCUUUGUUUCGGAGACCUUAGCCCUGUCGUCUGCCAAGAUUGUGUUACAACUGCCACCAAGGACAUUGUCAAACGUUGCCCUGUCGAAAAAACGGCUAUAGUAUGGUACGAUGAGUGCGUCCUGAGAUUUUCCGACCGGGCACUCUAUUCAAUUAUGAACACAUUUCCUGCAGUAUAUUUGUCGAAUACACAGAAUGUCACAGAUCAGACAAGAUUUAACACGAUUUUGGCCACAACUAUGAGGGACACAGCAACUCAGGCCGCAAGUGCUCCGAGAGGGGCUAUCAAGUUUGCAGUAAAAUCAGCAAAUUUUACGGCAUUUCAAACGAUUUACACCCUCGCGCAGUGCACGCCGGACCUCUCCGGCGAGAACUGCUCUCUGUGUCUUCAAGCUGUUAUUUCACAGUUGCCAAGUUGCUGUAUUGGAAAGCAAGGAGGAAGGGUUUUGUGUCCGAGCUGUAAUAUUCGGUAUGAGAUAUAUCCAUUUUAUAAUGAAACUGGGUUUACUCGUGAGGUUUUUCCGAACACAACAACUGUGGUAGUGGGAAAUCCACCGUCACCGGAGCUUAAUCCUCUUCCUUCUCCAACUCCAAUCAGACCACAAGGAGGAAACGGAAAUAAAGGAUUGCUAAGUAAAAUCAUGGCAAGUGUUUCAGGAGCAAUUGUGGCAAUACUGCUAGUCAGUUUUUCUUGUUAUGCUGUGUGGAGAAGGAAACAUCAAAAGAAAGAGGAGGUGGUUCAGUUACUAGACCUGAGAAGAGGAGAUGGGUAUUCAAGUGAUAAUAUUAUGGGUGAGAUGCCGGUGAAUUGCUCCCAGGAUUUUCCUAUGAUUUCAUUUGACAUUAUCAAAGAAGCAACAAAUAAUUUUUCCAGGGAAACUAAACUUGGAGAAGGUGGAUUCGGCCCUGUGUAUAAGGGUACAUUACAAGAUGGAAAAGAAAUUGCGGUUAAGAGGCUCUCAAGAAGUUCCGGUCAAGGACUACAAGAGUUCAUGAACGAAAUUACUUUAAUCGCUAGAUUACAACACAGAAACCUUGUCAGACUCCUCGGUUGUUGUUUAGAAGAAACUGAGAAAUUGCUUAUCUACAAGUACAUGCCCAACAGAAGCCUUGAUGUCUUUCUUUUUGAUUCAAAUAUGAGUACACACCUUGAUUGGCAAAGACGUUUUAUCAUCAUCAAUGGGGUUGCCAAGGGUAUCUUAUAUCUUCAUGAAGAUUCACGACUUAGAGUUAUUCACCGAGACUUAAAAGCUAGUAAUGUUUUGCUCGAUUACGAGAUGAAUCCAAAGAUUUCAGAUUUUGGAAUGGCCAGAAUUUUUGGCGGAAACGACAUCAAAAGUACAAAUACAAUUGUUGGUACCUACGGAUAUAUGUCUCCAGAGUAUGCUAUGGAAGGACUUUUCUCGGUAAAAUCCGAUGUUUUUAGCUUUGGAGUUCUUGUAUUGGAAAUUAUUAGCGGAAGAAGAAAUAAUCGAUUCUAUCUAUCCGAAGAGGGUGAAAGUCUCCUCACAUAUGCUUGGAAACUGUGGCAUAAAGGUCAAGCAAUGGAAUUGAUUGAUCCGUCGCUUGCGGAGUCAAUUGUAGCGAUUGAGGUGGUAAAAUGUGUGCAUAUUGGACUAUUAUGUGUGCAAGAUGAGCCAGCAGAAAGACCCACAAUGUCAUCUGUAGUUUUUAUGUUAGCAAGUGAAACCAUUACACUUCCUCAACCCAAACAACCUCUAUUUUCUAUUGCCCAAUUAGUUGCAAGAUCAGCUCCAUCAUCGUCGGCGUCAGCUUCAAAAGUUAGUUCUGUGAAUCAAGUAACUUCUUCAAGCGUAUCGCCUCGUUGAGUACAUUCACUCCAUCCAUUAUUUUUCUGUGUUUAUUUGUAAAUAGACAUAAACAUAAUACAACAAGGUCUAAUGGUGCCAAAAAGUCUAACCAUUUUAAUAUUUUUGGAAGUUUAUCCAAACCUUUCGAAAGUUAUAA